GGGGCCGCGGAGCACGGCGCCCCCUGCGGGCCGAGGCCGGCGCUUCGCGUCCCUGCCCGGUGCCCCGCGCGCCUUUGUCUGCGAGCGGAGCGCGCAGCUCCCGCGCCUGCAGCCCGCCUGGCCCUCCCGGCGCCUGCCCGCAGCCCGCGGCGUGGCGGGCCGGCGUGCGGGGGACUAGGGACAGAACCGGGGGUGGCGGCCGGCGGGGGCCCCCGAGGCUGCCCUCGCGCCUCGGCCGUAGAAUUCCGCGCGUCGCUCUGCAAAGUUGUGGGGUUCGUAUCCCUGGGGCCGAGGCCGGUGUUCUCCGACAUGAAUGACAGAAAGUCAGCGCGCUCAACCCAAAGCCCCUCCGAGGCGUCGCCGCGCGGUUCUCCCGGAGCCCCGCGGUGGCGGGCGGCGGAACGGCCUGCGCGCCCGGCCGGGUCCCACCUGAUGCGGCCGCGGAGGCUGCGGCACCACUGCGGGCGCCGCCACCCGGCUCGGCCCGGCGCUGCCCGGGACCUCGGCUCCGCCUGUCGCCGGCGUCUGCCCUCUGUGCUGUUGAUCACAGUGCUGGUGGUGGAGGGCAUUGCCGUGGCCCAGAAGACCCAGGAUGGACAAAAUAUUGGAAUCAAGCACAUUCCUGCAACCCAGUGUGGCAUCUGGGUUCGAACCAGCAAUGGGGGUCAUUUCGCUUCACCUAAUUAUCCUGAUUCGUACCCACCAAACAAGGAGUGUAUCUACGUUUUGGAAGCUGCUCCGCGUCAAAGAAUCGAGUUGACCUUCGAUGAGCAUUUUUACAUAGAGCCAUCAUUUGAAUGUCGGUUUGAUCACUUGGAAGUUCGAGACGGGCCGUUUGGCUUCUCUCCGCUCAUAGAUCGAUUCUGUGGUGUGAAAAGCCCCUCGUUAAUCAGAUCAACAGGGCGCUUCAUGUGGAUCAAGUUCAGUUCUGAUGAAGAACUGGAAGGACUCGGAUUUCGAGCAAAAUACUCCUUUAUUCCAGAUCCAGACUUUACUUACCUAGGAGGUAUUUUAAAUCCCAUCCCAGAUUGCCAGUUUGAGCUCUCGGGAGCUGAUGGAAUCGUGCGUUCCAGUCAGGUGGAACAAGAAGAAAAAACAAAGCCCGGCCAAGCAGUUGACUGCAUAUGGACAAUCAAAGCUACCCCAAAAGCUAAGAUCUAUCUGAGGUUCCUAGAUUAUCAGAUGGAGCACUCCAACGAAUGCAAGAGAAACUUCGUCGCCGUCUAUGAUGGAAGCAGUUCGAUUGAGAAUCUCAAGGCCAAGUUCUGCAGCACGGUGGCCAAUGACGUGAUGCUUCAGACAGGAGUGGGGGUGAUACGCAUGUGGGCCGACGAAGGGAGCCGGCUCAGCCGCUUCAGGAUGCUCUUCACGUCCUUCGUGGAGCCUCCCUGCACAGACAGCACUUUCUUCUGCCACAGCAAUAUGUGCAUCAAUAAUUCAUUAGUCUGCAAUGGUGUUCAAAACUGCGCGUACCCGUGGGACGAAAACCACUGCAAAGAAAAGAAAAGAGCAGGACUGUUUGAACAAAUCACUAAAACCCACGGAACCAUCAUCGGCAUCACAUCCGGGGUCGUCUUGGUUCUCCUUAUUAUCUCUGUUUUAGUACAAGUGAAACAGCCUCGGAAGAAAGUCAUGGCUUGCAAAACCGCUUUCAAUAAAACGGGCUUUCAGGAAGUGUUCGACCCCCCUCAUUACGAGCUGUUCUCUCUGCGGGACAAGGAGGUGGCCGGAGACCUGGCCGACCUGUCCGAGGAGCUGGACAGCUACCAGAAGCUGCGACGCGCCUCAGCCGUGUCCCGGUGCAUCCACGACCACCACUGCGGGUCGCAGGCCGCCAGCGCAAAACCCAGCAGGACCAACCUCAGCUCCGUGGAGCUCCCUUUCCGAAAUGACUUUGCACAACCACAGCCAAUGAAAACCUUCAACAGCACCUUCAAAAAGAGUAGCUACACGUUCAAACAGGCCCACGAGUGCCCCGACCAAGCCCUGGAAGACAGAGUCAUGGAGGAGAUGCCCUGCGAGAUCUAUGGCCGGGGCCGAGAAGACUGUGCCCAGGCGUCCAUAUCCAUCGACUUCUGAUCUUCCGCUGCAGGUGACACUGGCCAAGUGUGGACAUCCCAGCCUGCGAGCACCCCGCUGCGUCAGCAGCCAGCCCUUCUCCCCCGUCCAAACUAGGGAGACGUUCACUUCCCGAUAACCUAUUCUAAUGAAGUUUUUAUUAUCUCAGGCAGUCAGUUUAUGUUGCAGCAACCAAGGAACUCACUCCAUUCAGUGAAAAAAACCAUCAUCACCACUCGCUUGGCGUUGUAAACAAAGCACCCGUUAGAUGGCACUGGAGGAGGGAGCGGGUGUGUGGAGCGGGCUCCGGAGCAGCGCAGGGAGCCUGUUGUCCAUAGUUUCGGCCGCAGGAAUGUGCUCUUGAGCCAUACGGCCCUGUCAAGAUUCUGAUCCCCCAAGAAAUUCAAAAGUAAGGGUGUUUUUACAUUCCUUUUAUUUUUUUUUUCUCUGAAUUUUGUUUGUUUUGUAAACCAGUAAUUUUCCAGUUUCAUUUUCUUACAUAAAUAUAAGUGAUUCAUGUACCACACAUAUUCCCACAUGGGGCAUUUGUUCUAGAAUUUGUCGAAAUACAAUGUUACUGUGGUUAGUGCCAAUUAAGACCCAGAGUUAUGUUUCGUCCAUCUGUUUCUUCCUGACUAAUUUCUAUACCGUUGCCUUUUAAUUACUGGAUUCUCAACCUUUAGUUUCUGUGAGAAGUAGAUGAUAUGAUUUAUCACCUUUAAGUCAUAUUUUUGUCUUAGUUAUACUAGAAAAUCUCAUAACCCUGGAAUGUAUGUACCAUUGCCAGUUAUGACCAGAAACAUGACAAAAAUUAAAACUUCUAGAAAUCCUUUGAAAUUUCCAAAUUUGCUCACAUUCAGCGACAGUCUGUUCAUUCCUAUGAGCGGAGCCUUUGAAUUCAUUUUAAGGAGGCCUGUAAUUAUGUUUAUUCCCAGUGUUUCUCAUCCCUAGAUGUGUCUCCUGUUAUUUUUACGAAAAGAUUAUUCAGCUCCCUUUAUAUUGGCUUAUUUUAUAGCGUGCAGUAACCAAGGUUGUGUGAGAGAGUUAAAGGAGAAUUCCUAAAAAACUGUACAAGCCUUUAGAUUGCUUCUUACUUGGGACAAUACAUUUUUCUAGUUCUUACCAACAAUAACAACUUCCACUUUUUUUUAAACUGCACUUUUGACCUUAUUUUUUUUAUGGUAUAUAAACAAUAAUUUAUAAACAUGGUAUAAAAACUCAUUGUGUUUUUUUAGACUUUUGAUAUUAUUUGAUACUGUACAAACUUUAUUAAAUCAAGAUUAAAGGCCUACAUGACAGGUUUCUUUCAGUGUUCACAUUAGUUCUGUAUGCUCUGAUGGAAAUGUACACCAUAAGUUACUGUAACGGCCUUGGUAAUGUGUACGUAAGCUUUUGAUUUCUUUUUGUUAUUGCAUUUGGUUUAUGAUAGAUUUUUCACUGUGUGAUAUUUAUUCUAAAAUACUCCACAAAUCUUAUAUUAAAAUAUACAUUGUUAUAUGAUUCUUAAUCAGGUUAUUUAUGGCAUUGACGUUUUGGAUCUUAAGAUAUAUAUGGAAAGGAUUGAUUGAAUGAUAGCUGAUAUAGACAUGCCAUUCAAGCGAGAUAAAUUCUCAUUUUCUAUGUUUUUGUAGUAAAUUCUCGAUGACAUGAGAGAUCGAAGUUUCACUGGAUUUUGUUAAUUUUUUUAAAUAUCACAUCUGUGUUUUCUCAGAUGAGUGAAAACUAUGACCUUAAAUAUGAUACAUGUCUAGUACUCCUUCAAAAUGAUUCUUAUAUCACUUUUAUUUGAAGUGCAUAAUAUCCAGAAGAUAGGAAAAACUACACAUAGUAUAUUUGCGACUUAAGUUUUUACAAUAUUUGUGAUUUAAGUUUUUUUUAAGUCAGCAUAAUUUCUUGUUUUAAAAAUGCAACUUGGAAAGGUGAAAAGACUUAGUGAAUGUAAUAUUCAAUGAGCUGAGGAAGCAGAGCCAGAUUAGAGCGCUGAAUUCUCUCAACAGCCAUGCUGAAUAGGCAUUUUAAUUAGUUACUUGCCAGCCAGCAUUUGAACAGCAUAGUAAAUACUUAAUAUAAUAAUAACUGAUCUCAGUCUCCAUGAUGAUGAAAGGAAAAUUUGCAUAUUUUCUAUGUAAAAAUCGUAUCCAUUAUAAAAACAGCUGUUAAAUUUAUCUUGAACAUCUAGAUUUAGUAGAGAAUAAAACAGUAUGCAUAACUACAUUAUCUAUAGUCACCUGCAACUUUUUAAUUUUUGAAAUUUGUGUUGUUUUUCUUUUGAAGGACCAGGAAGCGGCCUAUAAAAUACAGUCUAAAGAACACAUUUCACAUUAAAACAACACAGAAGUGCAUGGUUUCAGGCAGCCCGGCAAGUAAAGCGUGGACAGCAAAUUUGGUUCUAAAUUUUCUGGCUGCUGAAACAGAUGAAACUGUUUUUGGUUUUCACGAUAGAAAACCCAGACAUCUGCAGAGGCUAGUUUUCUCUUAAAGAGCAGGUCUUUGUACAGGACAACAUUUCCGCAGAAUUUAAAAAAGAUGCGAAACGCAGAGGUCACACUGGGAAAUCUUAACCCAGAGGAAGCACCUCUUCCCGGGGUCUGGGAUGCAACUAGAGAACCCGAUGACCAGCCUAGAUGGCUGUGCAGCCUAUGCCUUCGCUGAACUAGAGAUGGUACUGAGUCUCGUCUGUUUGUUAGUCAAGCACCUUGGUACAGCACAGGCAGAGAACGGCACCGAUAAGCAUUAGACAUUAUUACCAGCGUAAUGCUGAUUGUAUAUAUAGUCUUCCACCUUUGAGGUCAGUAAGAAAACUACAAAGUUGAGAGCCAUAAAUUCGAGCCAUGGCGGAUGAAAUUCAGCCAUCCUGUGGAGAGGUUACUACACCCUUCCCAGACAAUAUGGUGCCCAGUGUUCAACGUGUAGCAAAAUGCAAAUCUGGGGGAAAUACCUUCAAUUAAGGAGCAGUAUUAAGUUCAGCUCUACAUAGUGUCAUUAUCUUCCAUCUGUGACACAGUUGGUCCCAAUUUAACCCAAGAGUCAACCCCCAAGUGCCCACACAUGGCAGGAAACCUAGUAAUGGUAAUCCCAACGUCUAAAGUACAUAGGAAGAAAGUGUGGUGCACCUUUUGUGCCGGGGAAUGUUCAUUUCCCAGCUUUCCCGUCACAAAAGAGAUGAAAAAGGCUCCUUUAACUUGGAGUUGUCAACAGCUCUUAUGUCAAAUGUCGUGUUUCAUGUAGUGAAUAGCAUGAAAAGAACCUAAAAUGUGUGCUUCUGAACAGCUUUAUAGUUCUGCGAUUGGUGAGCAGGGAGCUUCCUUGUGCCAGGAGUGUGCCAGCUGAUGAGCCAGGACAGGAAAAGCCUAGUGUGACCCAGGAGUGGUUCUGUCAAAGGAGGUAUGCUCGCUUGCAAAAUGGCGUCUGCUGUGUUGUUUAUGUUACUUUCUCAAAGACUAAAAAGAAUCUCCCUUAGAUCAGACACAUCAACCUGGUCAGAUGGAACCUUGAGUUUUGGGGGUUAAGAUCCAAGAAAGAUGAUCUGGUCCAACUUUAUUAAUGAGCAGACAGAAGCCCAGAGAAAAGAAGUGAGAGCUAAUCCAGUGCCCUUUCCUGCACUUCACUGUCUCCCUGCUUAGCCGGCUGUACGUUUUCAAAGUCCAGCCAUUCCAAACAGCAGCCCCAAUGAUCCACGUAAUCUUGUCAGUCAUUCUGAUUUAAAAUGUGAUUUAUAAUAGCUUGUUUCAAAGUGUGAUUUUUUACUUUCUUUACCUAUGUAACACUUUGCUGUUCUGCAAUUUUGUUGCCAUGAUUUCUUGGCACCUGCAAACUCGGCAAGACAUUUACUGUGACUCCUUAAUAAAGAGUGUUUGUUAAUUUCUAGGCUUGACACUAGCCGGAAAGAGCUUCAGUGUUAUGCUUUUGUGAUCUUUUUUAAAUCUAAAGGAAACGAUGUAUCCUCUAGAAAUUAAACGUGUGUGCUGUAUCUCUUGAGUUUGGGGAAUGAUUUGAGUUCGGAGCCAUUAUAAAUGACAAGUUGACCUGGGAUGUAUCUUUUUUAGCUCCCUACAAAAUCAGUUGUCCACGUUUUAUAUACUGUACUAAUAACAAAUUCAAAAUUCGGAAUCUGCUUUCUUUAGUAGCUGUUUCAUACAUUUCUGUGAUUGGUCUAAAUGGCUACAAAAGCCCAAGAAACAAAUGACUGGGGUACAUGUUUAGUACGUACUAUCUUGAGUAAAAUUUUUUUUAAGCAAUGGAUUUUUCUUUUUGGAGAUGAACUUCCAGACCUGCUAAGACUUCUCAUAUGUUAAUCCUGGUUUGACACCUCCCAGUAAAGAAUUUGACUCCUGAACUGGAAAUAAAAACUUGUGUUUUGAUUUC